AGCUGCUAGCUGCUCGUCUCGCGACGACAAAUAUUAAGCAGGGAACAUAUUUUCGGUAUUAAAAAAACAAAAUAAAAGAGUGUAAUUCGGGCAAACACUUUUAAAUUGCUUUGAAAACAGCAAAGUGCUAAAAAUAAGUCUGCACAUAUGAAAUGUGCACGACUUAGGUUUACAAUUGUGAGCAAUAGUUGAAAAAGUGAUUGCGAAAUACGCAGCAAAGAAAAACGACUGCACAUAGCAGCAUUGGCCCCCCCACUACGGGAGUAGCAAUAGCAACAACAACUUAUAACAGAGCAGACGGACGCCAGUGUUGCACAACCUUGAGAAAAAUCGCUAGCUGAUGCGCACACAAGCACAUUACUUACAUCAACUCGAUUAUUGUUUUGUCUUCAGUUUAAUAAUACAUAUAUUUCAUUUAUGUGCCUUCAUUUUUGAAUGCAACGCAAUAAAGGAAGUCAACGUCACAGCUCGUAUCAGUACCCGCCGCAGCGCAGUUAACGCCAACGCGUAUGGCGGAAGCAGCGACAGCAGCAGUAUAACAGUAACAACAAAGACGGCGGCGCUUAUUUUGAGUCCCGAGCGAACAACAAUCAUACUGAAGGCCCAACAUUCAGACUGAGAUUUUAUUCGAAAGCCAGCCGUGGCACACAUACAAUCACAAUAACGCACCCAAAUGUCAAAUCAAAAAUGUGCUGAUAUCUGUUGCUAGCGUUUGGAUACUGUUUCUCUGUGACGCACAGAUCGUCGCCGCCAACCGCCCAUCAUCAUAAUCAACAUAAAAACAACAAGAAACAAAAGAGAUCGUAAAAAUGUCUUUUUCCGACUUCGAUGCCAUCUACGAGGAUGAACAGCUGGAUGAUUUGGAGCAUUUCCAGGAUCAGACAGUGAUGCCAGUGCCCGAGCCCAUUAUCAUACGAGGCGCGGGCAAUAUGACGGUCUUUGGUCUCAGCAAUCGCUUUAAUGUUGAAUUCCCCUGCGGUUUGCUGUCACGUGUGGCGCCCGAGGAAUUCAAAGCGACCAUCGGUCGCAUCAAUGGCAUAUUGAAGAAGACCCUGCCCCUGAAUGUCAAGUGGCUCUUUUGCGGCUGCGUCUGUUGCUGCUGCACACUGGGCUGCUCGCUUUGGCCGGUCAUAUGUCUGAGCAAACGCACACAAUUGACACUGGACAAGCUGCUCGAGUGGGAGAAUAGUCAUUUAUAUCAUAAGCUAGGCCUACACUGGCGUUUACAUAAGCAACAAUGUGAUUCCAAUUCCAUGAUGGAGUAUGUUAUAUUAAUUGAAUUUAUACCCAAGACGCCCAUCUAUCGGCCUGACUAGAUUGGAUGGGUAUGCAGUGUGGAUCGUUGCAGUCGUUGGGGCAAUUAUAUGGGAGGGGGAAUUUUGGGGGAGCCUAUAAUCGUAAUUGUAAUAUACAAAAACAAGAACAACAAAAACAAAAACUAGCAACUAAUAAGUAAUAAUUAAUAAUUAUGCUUUAGGCGUUUACUCUUGUGCAACAACUAAACAGAACUAGUUUAGUGAAACAUACACACACACACACGUGUUAAGCUAGUGCUAGUUAUAUGUAGUAUUUAGCUUAAACAAAUUUUUGAAGGAAUAUAUAGCUAAUAAGAACAAUUGAUUUCAUGCUAGUUUAGGGCGUUUUCAUUUUUUGUUUAAUUCUUAAAUUUGAAUAUUGUUUCGAAUACUGCAAUACUAAAUACAAUUCUUGUUAAGAACAUUUGAAAUUGA